AUGGCCAAACUCAGGACAUAUGUGGCCCAGAUUGGUGCGCCUGCAGGUUCCAGUGCCACCACUGGCAGUAAUCAGAGAAUUCAGCAGACACAAAAUCAAGUCAAUGAGAUUGUGGACAUAGUGGGAGCCAACAUGGACAAGGUGUUAGAAAGAGACCACAAGCUCUCUGAGCUAGACAACUACCCAUAUGCAUUGCAGGUAGGAGGUUCUCAAUUUGAGACAAGUGCUAUCAAGUUGAAGAGAAAAUAUCAGUGGAAGAAUUGCAAGAUAUGGGCAAUAGGGAUCAUCAUUCUAGUCAUUAUCAUGGACAGCAUCAUCCUGUGGAGCAUCUCUUAA